UAAUAAUAUAAAUUGUGUAGAGUUUAAAUAGAGUUUAACACGUCCUUCAUAAUAUCACUGUGAGAUGUGCUACAGUGAAUAAAUUAUUAUUGCUUUCUUUUCAAAUUUCGACAUUUUUUCCAUAUCGUGGUUUUUUUUGGGGGAAUAGAAAAAUAUCAUCUGAAGCAAGAAAACAGUUGAAAGAAAGAAAGGAAGCACUUUGAUGGUUCAUUGAUUAGGACUUCUUACAAUCGGCUAAAUAUCGGAGAGGUCUUUGUAAAGUAACUGCAGUGUUUAGCAGCAAGAAAAAAUGGAGUCCAAUAGCGAACUUAAUCGUGACUUGAAGGUAGCAACAGAUGAUGUUGCGGAACUUGAAGGUGAAGAAAAAGAAGAAAAAGAGGGUGAGGAUUUACUAAAGUACUUCUCACCAUACUUUGCACCGUUUAUAAAUCAAUACAGAAAUAAAAUUAGGGACUCUAAAGUGGAGUCUAAUAGCGAACCUAAUAGUAACUUGAAGAUAGAAACAAAGGAUGUUGCGGAACUUGAAUGUGAAGAAAAAGAAGAAAAUGGGGGUGAUGAUUUACUGCAGUACUUCUCACCAUACUUUGCACCAUUUAUAAAACAAUACAAGCAAAAAAUUAGGGACUCUAAAGUUCUUCUCAAACUAACGGACUCAGCAGAAUCUGUUGAUGGUACAGAUUCACAUUUAAAUUCAAAGGAUUCUGGUGAGCGCACUGAGGACACCGUAGACAUGGAUGAGCUAGAAUCGCCAAAAGUGGACGAUGCAGGAGAUUUCAAUGAAAUUUCUGCAGAUUCUCAAUCUGAUUCAAAAGAUUCUGGUGAGCGCACUGAGGAAACCGUGGACAUGGAUGAGCUAGAAUCGCCAAAAGUGGAUGGUGCAGGAGGUUUCAAUGAAAUUUCUGAUGAUUCUCAAUCUGCAGAAUCUUUUAAUAAACUUACGGACUCAGCAGAAAAAUCGUAUGUUGAUGGCACAGAUUCACAUAUAAAUUUAAAGGAUUCUGGUGAGCGCACUGAGGAAACCGUAGACAUGGAUGAGCUAGAAUCGCCAAAAGUGGACGGUGCAGGAGGUUUCAAUGAAAUUUCUGAAGAUUCUCAAUCUGCAGAAUCUUUUGAUAAACUUACGGACUUAGCAGAAAAAUCGUAUGUUGAUGCCACAAAUUUACAUAUAAAUUCAAAAGAUUCUGGUAAGCGCACUAAGGAAACCGCGGACAUGGAUGAGCUAGAAUCACCAAAAGAGGACGCUGCAGAAGAUUUCAAAGAUUCUGAAUCUGUAGAAUCUUUUGAUAAAUUACCGGAUGAUUCAGAAGUUGCAGAAGGUUUUAAUGGAGUGUGUUAUGAUUCAGAGGCUACUGGAGGUUCUGAUGACUUAUCAGAGAAAAUUGAUGUUCAAAACAGUUUAUUGAAGUAUUGAAACUGAUGUAAACCAGAUGCUCUAUUUCCUGUUAAAAUGAAAAUUAGUGACUAACCGCAACCGUUAAUAAAAACGCAAAAUUUUCAAUAAAAUUCAUUUUACAACACAUUUAGUUUUAA